AUGCCGUGGUGCAUUUGCUUCGCCCGCGAGAUGAGGGUGGCCAUGUGCAAUAUGCCAGCAGCGAUCGAGCAGGCUGGGGCAUUGAGGUUAGGCGAUAUGCUAGACGAUCGGCCAUUUAUUAGUUCGUUUAGCAACAGUCGUCCAAGCGCCCGGAUUGGUCGCGUUUCCGCACGCUUGCAAACCUCGGCGCCAUCCGACGCUUCCGUUGCCGGGUCUCGUCCCAUUACUCGGUGUGUGUUUUUUUUUCGUCUCAUCUGUUUUGUCCCGAAUUAUAGUUGGGGACACGUCAAUUUCGUGUGGGCUCUUUUUUGUUGUUGCCAUGUGCAGGCCUCAACCAAGCAAGGUGGUACUGAACGCAACCCAGGGCCACCUCGAGAGUCCUUCGCUGCGUGGUGCCAUGUUUUAGCGGACUGAGCGCCAGACCCAAGCUGGAAAACUGGCGGUGCUUGUCAGACCGCUUGUGAGCUGUACCCCAGCAGAGACGCGCGGAUAGUGGCCAGUGCCCCGAAAGGGUGUCGCAAUGUGAGCGGAGCCAGCG